GGCGGCCCGGGGGGCGCGGGGGGCCCGGGGGGCGCCGGCGGCGAGGGCGGCGCGGGGGGCGCAAAGCUCGGGGAGCGCCCGGAGCCGGCGCUGCUGCAGCUGCUGGUGUGUCCACUGUCCCGGAAGCCGCUGCGGUACGAGGCGUCCACCAACGAGCUGGUGAACGAGGAGCUGGGCAUCGCCUACCCCGUGGCCGACGGCAUCCCCAACAUGCUCCCGCAGGCGGCCCGGCGCACACGGCCCGCGCAGCCCUAGGCCAUGUGGCCGUCGCUGCCCACGCUGGCCGUGCUCGUGCCUCUCGUGUCCCUGGCCGGCCUGGCCUACUCGGCCUGGGUGGACGAGAGCUUCCCGCAGGCCUGCACGAGCGCCGGCAGCCUCUGCUUCUACAGCCUGCUGCUGCCCGUCACCGUGCCCGUCUACGUCUUCUUCCACCUCUGGGCCUGGAUGGGCAUCAAGCUCUUCCGGCACAACUGACGCUCCGGGACAACGGAUGCUCCGCCGCAACUGAUGCUGAUGCUCCGCCGCGUUGCCGGGGCAACUGCGGGAGGCGGCGGUUGGGCCGCCUGCCUUCUCCGACGACCGGGAUGCUCGAGCCAUUCCUCCAGGUUCCCCGAUUCGGAGUUUUCUUGUUUGAUCCCCUUCACACCCUUCGGGCCAUUCUCUUUGAGAAUGACUUAAAAAAAUUCCAAGGGAGUUGUGUUGUAAAAACACUUGUUUCAAGCAGUGUUUCUGAACAAUAAAAAGCAAAUUUUAUGUA